GGCGGGCAGGUUCUCCAAGUGACGAGCACGGCGGAACCGCGGCGUGGGCGUUCCGCACCCAGCUGCGCGCCCCGCGCCGCAGCCAGGCUAGCCCUGUCACGUCCACCGCGCGCGGCGAGGACCAACGCCCGCGAGCUCGCGCUGCUGGCUCCUCCCCGGCCACCUCCGCCCCUGCCCGAGGAGGACAGAGCGAGGUCGCGCGGGCAGAAGCAAGUCCUCCGCCCCGCGCCGAGCCCCGCAGCUUCUGCUCUGCCGUACCCGACCCCGACGCAGCGCGGGGCGCACAUGGACGCGCGGACCCCCGAGAGUCCUCGCCGGGACCCGCUGCGGGAAGCGGCAGAAAGUCUACUUCAGGAACUUCAAGAACAUUUUCAAGCUCUCACUGCAGCAUUAAACCUGAAAAAUAUCCUCUUCUAUCUUUGCACAGUUUCCCUUGACGUGGUACUGGAAGACAUGGGGAACCGCAUUGAGGACUUGCAGAAGAAUGUGAAUGUCCUGAUGGAGCAGGCUGGGGUUGGAAAUUCCACUAAGGAGCACACAGUCUCAGACUGGACUGUGUCCAUAGGACAUGCAUGGAGACCUGAAGAUGUUAUUGGACAUAUCUCUUGAAAAAAAUAAGAUGAAAACUUCUAUGUAAUAUGGAUUCUGAGUCUCAGUCUUUAAUUUUAAAACUAUUUUUAAAUGAGGGAUCCUGGGGAUGGAACCCAGGGCCUCAGCAUGCUAGGACACUGAGCUGUACCUCCAGUUCAUCAGAAUUCAUUUUAACAAAUAAAAAGAUUAAAAUAACAAAGGAACGAAAUAAGAAUAUAAUUCAAAAGAUGGUGAACUACUUACUAUGGAAGUAAACAAUGGCAAAAUAUUUUUUCAAUGCAUAAUACUUAUAACUUAUGGAAUAAAAGCAUAUACUGGGGCUGGGGUUGUGGCUCAGUGGUAGAGCACUUACCUAGCAAGUAUAAGACACUGGGUUCAAUUCUCAGCACCACGUAUAAAUAAAUGAAUAAAAUAAAGGUCUAUCAAAAUCUAAAAAAAUUUUUAAAAAGCAUACACUGUAUUAGUUAACAAUUUUUCCAAAUUAAAAUUCUACAUAUAUCUUUUUUUAAAGAUCACCAGCAGUUUUCUAACAGGAUUUGCUUUUAAAUAACAGCAUUCCAAGUCACCCCAAUCACUCCCAACUUUGACAUGCCCAGGAUGCAAGUCCUGGUGGCACUCACUCUCCUGGCCAAAGAGGGCAAGGCCCAGCCAAGCUGUACCAGCUGGGCACAAGGCGGGUGUCUAUGGGGCUCAGCUAGCUAUCCCUCCUUCUCCUGGCAGAGGGUGCUUUUCUCCAGUGUAGCCUUCCUGAGUCCUGAGCCCUGAACCCCGCUGCACCCUGUAGAGGGACCACUGAAGUAAAGCACGGAGAUCAAACUCAAGUUGAUUUUGCAGGUUAAACAGAGAAUUUCCACUGAACUUGCCUCUCUCCAGGCCAAAGUAAGGUAGAGUUGCUGUCAUCUAAAAAUGGGCCAGGGAUAGUCUCUCAUUUUAUAAAAUGAUUCUUGUGUAUUACAGAACUGACAAUCAUGCUUAAUUUUACUACA